AUGACGACCGCACAACAGAGCGAAGACACUACUGCCCUUGCCCCGCGCAGUGCAUUGGAAGUUGCAGAAGUCAAAGCACAGCGACAACUUUCCACUUUUGGGGAGUACUCGCCGGCCGCCAUCAGACUGAAGAACGAUAUCGUUACCGACCAAGUCGAAGCUACUAAGCACCUACAGAGCGUCAUCGCAGAUGGCACGUUCACGUUGGAGACGGCUCGUGUGUGUCUCGCGGGUGAACGAGAACGCUUAGCCAAAUAUAAACGGAAAGAAAGGCCUGCAAUCAUGCGCUCGGAAGGCAAGCCUUUUGCUCGGACCAUCAUGACACAAUUGUGGACCGACGAAAAGCUCUGGGGCCCUCUGGUCUCUGAUGACCACUUACAUACGGGAAAUCUUUGCUACUUUGCCAUCUUCGAAGGCUUAGAGUCGUUUCUGGUCGACUGGCUCCGCGCGGAGAUCGAUCAGCCUUUCGUCCCCGAGAAAGAGCAUAUGUGGCGGGGCCAUUUGCUCGGUAGUAUGGUACUUGCACAUGCCGCCCUCAGUAUCGGACAUGAACUUGACGAGGCGAUCCGAUGCAUGUUCCGGGUCGAAACCCUGCGACGGAGACUUACCGCCGAAGCACCCGAAGAUCAACGACCUGCAACCGCAUAUCUCAGCCUUCGACCUUCUGUGUCAAUCCUGACGAAGCAGAUCAUGACGGGCCAAUUUAGGCACACUGAUGAGAGGCUUUACAACGAAUUUUGCUCAUUGGCAACACGCUACAGGUCGAAGUCGUACACAGAGCGGCUCGAGAAAAAUUAUCGUCAGGCAGCCUUCUCCCUCUACCAUCCCAAAAGUCCGGACCACCGGCUAGCGCUGGCUUGUCUCAAGGAGAAUGUUGCACAAGCAACGACACCAGAAGAUCUCAAAAUCCUGCGGAACAUGAUGGGGCUGUCGAACAUAUCUUUGAAGCGCUUCAUAUUGCGAGCUGCCUACCUGGCGUCUCGUUCCACUCAUCACGCAGAUGCUACUUUCAUCAGGGAGCAGGGCUUACGGCUUCAACAAGUGAGCACAGCCUUACCGUAUGAUCGUUACAAAACGGUUGGGAUUUAA